CAGCAGACGCGGGCACCUGCUCUGGCUGGCAGCCGCACCUGCCUACCCAACAAACCUCCCCGCCCUGCGCACCUGGCCCUCUGGCUGCUCCACGAACUUGCCAGUGGGCACCUGCCAUUUGCCCGGACUAGUCGCACAGCCCCUGCUUGGCCCGCCCUCGGCGGGUACAAAGGCUCCCGCAGGUCGCUGGAGAGCCAGGCAGGCGGGAGCGCCACCUGAAGAUGCGCCCUGUGUUUGCCGGUGCUUUCAAGGCCGUGUUCCUCGUCCUCGCAUCCCUGUGUGCCUGGUAUUCGGGGUACCUGCUGGCAGAGCUCAUUCCGGAUGCACCCCUGUCAAGCGCUGUCUAUAACCUCCGCAGCAUCGGUGAGAAGCCUGUCCUCAAAGCUCCAGCCCCCAGAAGGCAGAAAUGUGACCACUGGACCCCCUGCCCCGCUAACUCCUACGCCUACCGGAUACUCAGUGGGGGCGGCAGGAACAACCACGCCAAGAUCUGCUUUGAGGAUGAGCUCCUCAUAGGAGAACAGAUUGGAAAUGUUGCCAGAGGAAUAAACAUUGCCAUUGUCAACUAUGUAACCGGGAAAGUGACAGCAACACGAUGUUUUGAUAUGUACGAAGGUGAUAACUCUGGACCGAUGACGGCGUUUAUCCAGAGUGCUCCUCCAAAGUCUCUGCUCUUCAUGGUGACCCAGGACGACGGAAGCACCAGAUUGAAGGACAGUGCCAAGAGCGCCAUAGAAGCGCUGGGAAGUAAAGAGAUCCGGAACUUGCAGUUCAGGGCGAGCUGGGCAUUUCUUGCAUCCAAAGGCUUUAAACUCCCUGCAGGAAUUCAGAGAGAAAAGAUCAACCUCUCUGAUGGUAACAAGAACAGAUACUCUGGUUGGCCAGCAGAGGUCCAGAUAGAAGGCUGUGUGCCCAAAGAAGCGAGCUAGCAGGCGGCGCCUGUGGCUCAAAGGAGUAGGGUGCCAGUCCCAUAUGCCGGAGGUAGCGGGUUCAAACCCAGCCCUGGCCAAAAACAAAAAAAAAGAAGCAGCAAGCUAGCACUGAGCCAUCCUUAAUAAACGUGUUUUGUAUAAACAAACGCAGCUGCAAUGGCUGAGAAUAUUAUCCCUAAGUCCUUGUUAUAAAGCAAUGAACAUUUCCUAGUUGUGUCACAUACUGGUAUGCGGUAUUUUUAUACCAGCGUUUAUAUAGUGAAGAUAUUAACAAGCAGGAAAACCCAAAAGAAUGGGAAUUCUU